CUAGGAAGACAACCACCUCUUGAGUUGGCUGGAGUUGGCGUGGAAGCGCUUUGCUCCUCGGCACGAUGUCCACCAAGGUGCCGAUCUACCUGAAGAGGGGCAGCCGGAAGGGGAAGAAGGAGAAGCUCCGCGACAUCCUCUCCUCCGACAUGAUCAGCCCGCCCUUGGGGGACUUCAGGCACACGAUUCACAUCGGCAGCGGCGGGGAGAGCGACAUGUUUGGGGACAUCUCCUUCCUUCAGGGCAAGUUCCAUCUCCUCCCCAGGACCGAAGGCAGCCUCGACUCCGACAAGGACAGCCCCGACGCGGCGCCGUUCGAGUUCUCCAGGACGGCCACCAUCUCCGGACGCGAGCAGGCGUCCUCGGAGACUUCAUCUCCGCUCCUCAAAAACGCCAUCUCCUUGCCCGUCAUCGGGGGGCCGCAGGCGUUGAUGCUGCCCUCGGCGCAAGCCCCCCCGAAACCGCCGCGGUUGCACCUCGAUGACAAAGCCCCGCCGGUGCGAGGCUGGGAAGGUGGGGAGGAGGACGGCGAGGGCAGGAGCGCCGCCCCGCUGCCGCAUCCCUGCGCCUCGCGUUUCGCUGCCCCGACGAACGGCUUCACCGAGGAGAAGGGCAACGCCGAGCCGCCCUUCCUCUCCCACGCCGGCUCCCUCCUCUCCCUCCACGUGGAUUUGGGGCCGUCCAUUUUGGAGGACGUCCUGCAAGUGAUGGAGAAACAUCAAGCAGAGAGAGUGGGUGGAUCUAUACAGGAUUCGGGCAGGCAGGAAAUCUUGACGUGAAGACGGCUCAAGAGCCCGUCGUGCAAACGGGAUGUGAGCGCUCAUCCUCCGCGCCGCUCCCCGCAGACCUCCGGCUAUUCCCUCAGCGUGGGGAGGAAAAAACCAAAAACCACCCACCCUACGAAGCCAAGACGAAACACGCAGCGCUCGCUGCCGGAUUAUAUCGCCGCUUGCCCGUAUCAACUUUGCCUUUAGCGAUGGAUCGAACCGUAGGACCGCGCCGACCGGUAGAAAAUAAGACGUGGCGCUGUUAUCGAUGUUUGUUGUACUGGACGGGGUGAAACAGCGACGGUUGAAUUCCCGAAUGUCUCGGUCGGGAGGAGUUUUGGGGUUUCGGGGGGUUUUUUUUGCUCGAAGAGGGGCUGCGGUUUGCACUCAGUCGAGGUGAAGGUGUGACGUUCGCUGUUUGCCAACCACCCGAAUCAUCAAGGUGAUGUCAAAUGUCAGCCUGGGACUUGACUUAAUUUUUUAAAGAUCCCACAAACGGGUAAAUCUAGUGGUUACGUGGCAAAAGGCUCCAUCGGGCUUUAAUGUUGCGUCGUCUCUAAGGAGAAGCUAAAAGCUCUCUGCGGAGACGCUAAAAAAACCCUCUCGGGCUGUAUUUUGGCAACUAAAUCCGUGGCUGGAGCUUGGGGUUGGAAUUUAAAGUCGUAAAUAAGAUGCAAACAACAACAGAAAAAAACCCGUUAAGUG